AUGGUGCGACAAGUUUCGCGCCAUGUGCCCGAACAAGAGCAACCACACUCCGUCUCAGAAGGCGUUGACACCGUUUCGCGCUACAGACCAGCUGGAUCCAAAAUUUCUAUCAGGAGAGCUGAGGCUUUUCUCAAGGAGCACUCUCUUACCGUCCUUCCCGCUGAUAAGGAAGGAGGCUUCACCAUCCUGACUCUGGGACUGUUUGGUUCUAAGGCUCACACUGCCCGUGACUCGCCCACAAAGCCGACGCUGGAGCUGGCCCUGGAGCUGAACGCGGCGAUGGCCGGGACGCUGAACAUUCGGCCGCUCUACUCCGCGUACCCUUUUCAAGGUCAGGGACGCGUGAAUCAACUGGGCGGCGUGUUCAUCAACGGCCGGCCGCUGCCCAACCACAUUCGGCUCAAGAUCGUCGAGAUGGCCGCUGCCGGCGUUAGGCCUUGCGUGAUAUCACGGCAACUAAGGGUAUCGCACGGCUGCGUCUCCAAGAUUCUCAACCGCUACCAGGAAACUGGCAGCAUCCGUCCCGGAGUGAUCGGUGGCAGCAAGCCCCGCGUGGCGACGCCCGACGUGGAGCAGAGGAUCGAGCAGUACAAGAAGGAAAACCCGAGCAUCUUCUCCUGGGAGAUACGCGACCGGCUCAUCAAGGAUGGCGUGUGCGACAAGACGUCUGUCCCGAGCGUGAGCUCCAUCAGCCGUGUGCUGCGGGGAAGCCGGUACACUGGAAGCCCCGACGAUUCGCUGCAACGCGGCGGCAGCGACGGCGAAUGCGCCAAGAAGGCGGACCACAGCAUCGACGGCAUCCUCGGAGGUCGGCUGGGCGGCCUGGGCGACGACGACUCCGACUGCGACUCGGAGCCGGGCCUGCUGCUGAAGCGCAAGACGCGACGUUCUCGCACCACCUUCUCGGCCGACCAGCUGGACGCGCUGGAGCGCGCAUUCGAGCGCACGCAGUACCCGGACGUAUACACGCGCGAAGAGCUGGCGCAGAGAACCAAGCUCACGGAGAACAGAGUUCAGGUGUGGUUCAGCAACCGACGCGCGCGCUGGCGCAAGCAGGUGGGAAGUCAACCCGCGGGCGCCGCCUUCAGCAGCCAGCUGUUGCAGGGCUACGCGCAGGCGGCAGCCACUGCCCCGGUGGUCAGCGCCGCCACGUCGACGCACCACCAUCCACAUCUGGACUCCGGAAUCACCUCCGCGGGACUACAGCACCACGACACUACGGCCUGGCACCGCUCGCAUCAGUCUCUGGCCUCCUCCAACUCAGUGUCGCAGCCAGGGUACGGUUCGUACGCGACUGAGUCCUGCAUCAACGGUGGCCCUUUGUCGCAACAGGUAUGA